GCAUCGCAAUGCAUUGAAAUACAGCUGGGAGACGGACAGCAGAGAAGAAGGACUUGGGAAGUGAAUAAGGGCUGGAUGUAGGGUUUUUCGAGGAAGAGACAGAGGCUCGUUUUGUUAUUUUCUAAUAAAGGAGGGGAAGACCAAAGAUAAACAUUGAUCACCAAAAUGCUUUGCCAUGUUACACGGCCGGAUUCGGUGGUAAUGGAGGUGGAGGUGGACCCGAAGGCAAAUGGAGAAGACUGUCUGAAUAAGGUUUGCAGGAAGUUGGGCAUUAUAGAAGUGGAUUACUUUGGGCUGCAGUUCUCAGGCAGCAAAGGAGAAAACCUGUGGCUGAAUCUGAGAAAUAGGAUCUCCCAGCAGAUGGAUAGCCUGACACCCUGUAGGCUGAAGUUGAGAGUCAAGUUUUUUGUGGAGCCUCAUCUCAUUCUGCAGGAGCAGACGAGGCACCUGUUCUUCAUGCACGUGAAAGACGACCUUCUCGGGGGGCGUCUGCGGUGCGCCCCGGAACAGGCCGAGGAGCUGGGCGCGCUGAUGGCUCAGGCGGAGUUUGGGGACUACAACCAGAACACGGCCAAGUACUUCUACAAGGACUUCUGUGGAAGCGAGCCGACCACUGCGGUGCUGAACAGCAUUGUUGCAAAGCACAAAGCACUGGAGGGAAUGAGCCCCGCAUCGGUAGAGUACCAGGUUCUGCAGCUAGUGUCUUCGCUGGAGAGCUACGGGGUGGAGUGGCACUUGGCACGGGACGCAGAGGGGCAGAAGCUGGCGAUUGGAGUGGGGCCAGAGGGCAUCUCCGUCUGCAAAGAAGACUUCAGCGUCAUGAACAGGAUCACGUACCCAAUCAUUCAAAUCGCAACUCAGUCGGGAAAGAACGUCUACCUGACGGUCACGAAGGAAACCAGCAACAGCGUGGUUCUGAUGUUCAAGCUCAUCAGCACCAGAGCCGCCAGUGGACUUUACAGAGCAAUAACGGAAACCCAUGCAUUCUACAGGUGCGACACGGUCACCAGCGCGGUCAUGAUGCAGUACAGCCGGGACUUCAAGGGCCACCUGGCCUCCCUCUUCCUCAACGAGAACAUCAACCUGGGCAAGAAGUACGUCUUCGACAUCCGGCGCACGUCCAAAGAGGCCUACGACCCCGCCCGCCGCGCCCUGUACCGCGCCGGCGCGGUGGACCUGGCGCCCCGCGGCGGGCGCAGCGCCCCCGGCUCGCCGCUCAAGGGCCCGGCCGAGGGCGGCCUGACCUGCGCCAGCUGCGAGGGCCUGAGCUGCCGGCAGAGCCGGGCGCUGCAGGAGAGGCUGCAGAAGCUGCGGGAGGCGCUGCUGUGCGUGCUGUGCUGCGAGGAGGAGAUCAACUCCGCCUUCUGCCCCUGCGGGCACAUGGUCUGCUGCCAGUCCUGCGCCAGCCAGCUGCAGCUGUGCCCAGUGUGCCGAUCCGAAGUGGAGCACAUUCAGCACGUUUAUCUGCCUACCUGUACGAGUCUGCUCGACUUGGCCGUGACAGGCACAGCACCGCUACCGAUCCACAGAGCGGCCGGACCACAGAACUGUUCUGCCAGGGAGUUCAACGAAAGCGACAAGAUGUGCCAGACAUAAAGCCUUUUUUUUUUGUUAUCUUCAGGCUAAAACAAUCUCAAUCAGUCCGCAGCGCCAUCUGCCUGGCACUUUCGGCAUGGCAAUU